AUGUCUCUUCAAAUGGAAUCAGAGUAUACCGCUACCAGCCUUGGCAAGGAAAAUGUUAUGUUCGAAUGGCACCCAUUUCGCCCUUGUGUUGCCGUGACAGGGAGCAAAGGGAAGGUAUUCAUUUUGGAUCGCUGCGGUAAAAUACUACAUCAGUUCACGCUUGCAAGUGUCGUUGAUUUGGAGUGGAAUAGAUUUAGUGAUACUUUAGGCUUGAUCACCAGCCGUACUAGCACUCUUCACCUCUACUCACAUGAAACUAACCAGGUCGACGCGGUGGAUACCAAAUGUAAAGAUUUAACGUUUGUUCGCUGGUCUAAGAGGAUACCCUUGGUUGCCAUUGGUACCCAGAAGGGCACCGCGGUUAUACUUAACCAAAUGACGAAAAAGCGCAUACCUGUCGUUGGUACGCACUCGCAAGCCGUCAUUGACGCGGUAUGGACUGAGUAUCAGAAUAGAUUGGUGAUGAUAGGCGCUGACCGCGUUAUGUCUAUAUCUGACUGUGAGGGAAGGGUAAUCUCCACGCUGGCGCUAGACGCAUCCCCACUGUCAUUAGCCUUGGUUGAGGUUAUAUCGCAGGUAGAUUCGAAGCAGAUGAGCUUGGUAGCCUGCAACCUCGGUUCUUCCAUACGUGUGGCUGACCUGUGUACCGGCGAUACCUUUCAGGCUGAGUUCGGGGGAAAGGUGGGCGCUGUCGCCUGCCUGGAGAGUGCCGGAAGCGCCUUUUUAGUAGGCUCCGCUUCCGGAGCCAUUGGCUAUGCUGUGCCGGGGAACAACCAGCUUAGCAUUGUUAGCAAUGUUCGUAUGGGCAGAAAUGCCAUUCGUGGUGUCGCGUUUGGCAAGGGCAAUGGAUUUGCCACCGUAAAUUGUGACAACGGCCUGCACUUUAUUACUAUCAUGGGCCAAAACAUUGCCGAGGAGAAGAAGUUGGAUAUCCCGUUGCCGAGCGAAGCGAGUUCCUUUACGAAGAUUGACUGGUGUUCUGACGGACAAUCAAUCGCAAUGGUGACGGACAAUGGAAACUUUUAUAUUUAUAGUAUGAGAGUACGCGAUGUGAGCACGUCAUGGGCAAAUCUUUUGUUUUAUUUUACAUCAUCUCAGGUAGUGGGUGUCAGGGAUAUUCACGCAAACAAUAUCUUGUGCACUGUGCCAAUUGAGACAGACCCCCAACGCAUGGCUGCUGGGAUGGGAACCCUUGCGGUGUAUGUCAACAAUGCGGCCCACUACCACGAUUACUAUGCGCCGCAAUCCUCGCAGUUGGAGCCUCCGGAUCCUAGCAAAAACCUCCCAGCAAUGCGAGACAGGGCGAAGCCUGAAUCAUCCGACUCCAAGUUUAUUCGCUCAGUAGAAUAUCCAGGCUGCAUCACAGACUUGAAGGUAAACUCUACGUUCGCCGCGGUGCUCUACGAUGGACGCGUCCGCCUGCAUGUGAUUCGUGACCCGAAUGGUGCCUUGAUGAAUUUCCCGCCUGAUUCAACUCAAAAAAUUUCUGUUAUUGGCCUUUCUGAGGCGCUUUUUGUCUGCGCGUCGAGCACCAAGGUUUACGUCGUGGCGUUGCCAAAAAUGCAGAUAGUAUCCGAGUACGAGCUGCGCUCAGGCCUCAAGCAGGGCUUCGUCAACCCUUCCUGCACGCGGAUGGUGUACAUUGAUAGCCAUAACGAGCUGCUGCUGCUAAACCUUGUCACGGAGGUCGCCUUUGGAGUUCAAGGUUAUGACAAAUCAUGCGAAUCCAUUUUGUGGGACUGGACUGAUCCAACAGUGUUUGUAGCAUACAAUCACAAAAAUUUUAUCACUUUCGUUUACAGUCCUCACAGUAAGCAUGGGCCGAAUUGUGAAUCCAUAUCAGAACGAGAUAAUAAGGACAAGCCCCUUACCACUCCGAUGCCGAGUGAUUCUGUGCCGAUCAGUCUGUUUGGCGGUAUAGUUGCUUAUCAAUCUAAAUCUGGAAUCAUUGGCAAGGUAGAGCUUGAAACACACCGGGAGAUUAACGCACGUGGCCCCAAUACUACUGCAUUCUACAAUAACUUCUGCCUGAACCGUCUUCGCUGGUGUUCGCAGAAUAUUUCGACACUGCAAGAAGCCGAUGAGCUUGUGGUCAGAGCAUUGCACUUCCUAGACGUUGACCUCGCCAUUCGUAUCUACCGGCAGCUGUCGCAACCAAGCUUAGUGCUCUACCUCGAAAAGAUUAAACAUAUACAAGAGAAGAAUCUCCUUAUCGGCCAUAUUUCUAUGAUCAUGGGAGCCUUUGACGACGCGCAGAAGUCAUUUCUUCACUCCUCCCAACCCUUGCGUGCGUUAGAGAUGCGGCGUGACUUGAUGCACUGGGAGCAAGCUCUCGCGCUGGCAAAGGAAUUAGCACCUAACGAGAUUCCAGUCAUUUCGAAGGAGUAUGCCCAACAGCUAGAGUACCGCGGCGAUUACAUAAAAGCCCUUCAGAUGUUUAAGAGCGGCAAUCGAAGCAUCCCUACCGGGCAUGCGAGCACGGAGCUAUCCGUAGCCCAGGAAGAGGUGCGCAAGCAUAAUAUAGAAUGCCUCAAGGGUGUUGCUCGAUGCAACUUGCGCACCGGUAGGCUUGAUGAAGGUAUGCCCAUUGCACUUGAUAUCAAUGACAAGGCUUUCUCUUACGAGUGUGCAAAGCUGUGCGAGGAAAAUAAACGCUUUGAGGCGGCUGCGAAGCUCUACGAGCGCGCUGGCGAGGUCGAGCAGGCCGCUGUGCUCUACAUUGAAAAGUGCAAUAACCUCAAGGCAGCAGGGCUGCUGCUUCCCCAGAUAAAGUCCCCAGGUAUUAUAGGCCGGUACGCCAAUGCGAAGGAGAUAGAAGGAUCCUUCGGUGAGGCGGAGCGAGCGUACAUGCAAGCUGAGGACUGGGACAACGUUGUGCGCAUCAAAGUCCAAAAGCUUAACGAUUUACAAGGGGCGUACGUUAUCGUUCGACAGACACGAUCUACAAACGCCGCGGCGCUAGUGGCAAGAAUGUGCCAAAGCAGAAAUGAGUUUGCCUCUGCAGUUGAGUUUCUAGUCGUCGCCAAGUGCAUGAAGGAGGCCUUUGAGCUCGCCAAAGAGCACGGCUGCUUGAGUAACUAUGAGAACGCCUUACUGAAUCAGGUUGUUCUCAAGGAUGGGGUCGCGCCUGUUGCAAAUCAGGGUGACUUCAACCUUCUAGCCAGCUACUACGAUGACAUGAGGAAGCCUGGUCAAGCUGCAGUUUUUUAUCGUUUAUCUGGAAAUUCCACACUAGCUUUAAAGAAAUACAUCGAGUCUGGACAACCGGAAGAUAUUGAAAAGGCAAUAGAGGUUGUGGGUAAGGCUCGUAGCGACGCGCUGACGAGCAAGCUCAUCGAUUUCUUGAUGGGUGACACAGACGGUCAGCCCAAGGACCCAUCGUACAUCUUUAGACUCUACAUGGCACUAGGCUGCUAUGAGAAGGCAUCGAAGACAUGCGUCAUUAUCGCUGCCCGAGAGCAAGAAAUGGGCAACUACAAAGCCGCUCACAAGACACUCAUUGAAGCCUGUCGCAUUCUGCGCGAGAAAAGUAUACGCGUACCAAGUGAUUUGCGCCGUGCGCUGAUGAUUCUCCAUUCAUAUAUUAUCGUUAAGGACCUGAUCGGGGUCAUGCACGAUGGGGCAACGGCAAGUCGAAUGUUGCUGCGCGUAGCUCACAACAUUCAGAAGUUUCAGAGUCACGCCGCGACCAUCAUUGCGUCCACCGUCUUACAGUGCGCAAAAUCUAAUUUCGCCCAUUCCGCCUUCCAACUGUCUUGCCUCUUGAUACAAAACGAGGAGUAUCGCACGCAGCUUCCAGAAAAGAAUCGCCGAAAAAUUGAGAGCAUUGUUCGACGUGGUGGGAAGGAAGAUGCGGUGGAUCCUGUAGAAAGCACUAAGCCGUGCCCUUUCUGUGAUCAGCCAGUUCCAGAAUGUGAGCUAGACUGUGGUGCGUGUCGAAACACGCUACCGUUUUGUAUAGUGACAGGCAAACACAUCGUCAAAAACGAUUUCACUACCGCACCAUGCUGUGGUUUUCCAGCCAUUUACUCUGCCUUGGUGAAGCGACUGUGUGAAAAAUCUUCUUGCCCUAUGUGUGAAUCGAUACUUGACGUUAACAAGGUUCAGUUACAGAGUAACCCUGAUUUGGAAGUAUUUUAA